UAAAACAGGGUAAAGAGUUAAGUCUAAACCAGGACUUAGAUCUAAUGCCCAACUGGACUAAACCAGGACUAAAACUGACUGUAAACUGCUCACACAGUCUGAUAAAACAUGUGUCUGUGCCUUUAAGAGGCGUCGCUUCCUGCUUCCUCCACACAGAGCUGUGGGUGCUGCUCUCACUCUAAAGUUUCGUUUCUGUCCAAGUCAAACUGUUUCUGAUCCAGCAGAGAUGGCGCAGAAAGCACUCGACCAAGAAGCCUUUUCCUGCUCCGUGUGUUUGGAUCUACUGAAGGAUCCUGUGACUAUUCCCUGUGGACACAGCUACUGCAGGAACUGUGUCCAACAGCACUGGGACCAAGAGGACGAGAAGCAGCUCUACAGCUGUCCUGAAUGUCACCUCAGCUUCAGCCCCAGGCCUGACCUGGUGAAAAACAUCAUGUUAGCAGGUUUAGUAGAGCAGAUGAAGAAGACAGCGCCCCCUGCUGCCCUCUGCUAUACUGGACCUGAGGAUGUGUCCUGUGAUGUGUGCACUGGGAAGAAGCUGAGAGCUGUCCAGUCCUGUCUGCAGUGUGUGGCCUCUUACUGUGAGCGCCACCUACAGCCUCAUUAUGCAGCUGCAUCUUUAAAGAAACACCAGCGGGUGGCGCCGUCUCACAGGCUCCAGGAAAACAUCUGCUCUGAACACCACAGACUGAUGGAUCUAUUCUGCCGCAGUGACCAGCAGCUGCUCUGCUCCCUGUGUGUGGACCAACAUAAGGGUCAUGACAUAGUGACCUCUGCCUCAGAGAGGGCUCAGAGGCAGGCAGAGCUGCCAGCCAGGAGGACCCUGCUGCUCCAGAGACUGGACCAACUGCAGCAGGACGUGAGGGGGCUGAAGAGAAGCCUCUCUGAACUGGAUGCUCUGGAGCUCACGCAGGAUGAUAACCAGUUUAUACAACGCUACGCUUCACUGUCCCCACACACACAGAGCACAGAGCCAGUUCACACAGGGUACAAGGGAUACUUUACAACAGUGACCAGAGCUGUGUCCAACCUCAGGGACACACUACAGCUCGUUCUGAAUCCAGUCCAGGUUUUACUGCCACCAGCUGAACCCAGCUCCAGAGAGGACUUCUUAUAUUAUUCUACAGAAAUCACUCUGGACCCAAACACAAUUUACACCAAAGUGUGUCUGUCUGAUGGAAACAGAAGAGUGAAAUUUAUGAGAAAAAACAUGAGUUAUCCAGAUCAUCCAGACAGAUUCACUGUGUGUCAGGUCCUGAGCAGAGAGAGUCUGACGGGUCGCUGUUACUGGGAGGUGGAGUGGAGCUGGAGGAAUGCUCGUGUAGCAGUUUCAUACAGAGACAUUCAGAGGAGAGGAGACUGUAAUGCAUGUAGAUUUGGACACAAUGAUAAAUCCUGGGCCUUAGAGUGUAAACUUAACAGUUAUUCAUUUUGGUUUAACUCAGUCCAUUCCCAGGUCUCAGGUCCAGCCGCAGGUCCUGUCCGGCCCAGAAUCGGGGUUUACUUGGACCACAGUGCAGGGGUUUUGGCGUUUUACAGCGUCUCUGAAAGUACCAUGAGCCUCCUCCACAGAGUCCAGACCAGGUUCACUCAGCCUCUCUACGCUGGGCUCGGGUUUGGUGCUGCUGGAGACACUGCACAUUUCCCUAAACUCAAAUAGCAGCUUUGUUCUCCACAGCUGGGAUCAUAUCUGUGCCUUUUAUUUAAACAAACUAGUUACAUCUUUAAAAGACUCUUUUAUUUGGACUGUCCAAAAAAGACCACACUUUGAAAACACUGUUAUUUUAUUCUAUUCAAAGACUUUAUUAUGUAUUGUUUAUAACUAACUCAAUCUGAACUUUCUUUCUCUUCAAAUGUUAUUCCUCACAUAAUGUAAAUGUAUUAAACUCUUUGCUGUACCUUCAUUUAAUUGUGUUUUUCAGACUGAUCAGAUUGUGGUUGUGCUGGUCUGUCAGGCUCUCAUUAAACUGACAGGAGUGAAUGCUCUGACCGCACCUGUCCUCACGUGUCUGUUACACCUGACAUGGCAGAGGCCGCACUAUUUCCUUGUUGCAGUUUUCUUGAAGACUUGAGUAAUUUCAAAAGAACAAUAUGUGUAAUUAGUCAAAUUAAAAAUGUACUUGUGAU